AUGGCCGCGUACCUGACGCACCAGCAGAAGGUGCUGCGGCUGUACAAGAAAUCCCUGCGGCACCUCGAGUCCUGGUGCAUCCAUCGAGACAAGUACCGCUACUUCGCCUGCCUCCUGAGGGACCGGUUCGAUCAGAACAAGAAUAUAAAGGACAUGGUGAAAGCCACCGAGCUGCUGAAGGCCGGCGAGGAGGAGUUCUGGGCCAGCCAGCACCCGCAGCCGUACAUCUUCCCCGACUCCCCCGGCGGCACUUCCUACGAGAGAUACGAGUUAUACAAGCUUCCUGAAUGGUGCUUGGAUUUCUGGCACCCCUCUGAGAAGGCAAUGUAUCCGGAUUACUUUGCCAAACGGGAGCAGUGGAAGAAGCUGCAGCGGGAGAGCUGGGAAAGAGAGAUUAAGCAGUUGCAAGAAGAAACUCCAGCUGAUGGUCCAAAAACUGAAGCUUUGCCUCCAGCUCGUAAGGAAGGGCAUCUGCCCCCCAUGUGGUGGCAUCACGUCACUCGACCUCGUGAGCAGCCCAUGUGA